ACUGGAGGGUAGGAAACGAGGGGCGGGGCCCCCCGGAGUGAGGGGGGGGGCUGCAGGGCGCGGGGGGAGGAGGCAGCGGGGAGACGACGACGACGAGUUGGAGGAGGAGGAGGCGACGUUCCGGCUGGACCCCACUGCAGGGGCCAAGGCAUCGAGGUCCUCCGCGUGACUUCGCCGCCCCCUCGUCGCUCUCCUCACUCCAGCGCCACCCCCACUCCGGGUCCCCGCCUCCCGGCCCCCCGGCUUCUCUCUCUCUCUCUCUGUCCGUUUCACUGUGACUCCCUCUUUUUUCCGUUUCCCUCUUUGUCUCUCUGUCAUUGUCUCGUUCUCUCUGCCUCUUCGGCUUUCUCUCUGUCUUCUCCCUCGAUCUUUUUCCCGCCACCCCUCAAUUUUCGCCUCGCUCCCUCUCUGUCUCUGUAGUUCUGUCUCUCUGUCGCCCUCUGUCCAUCUUUCUGCCCGCCGGCCUGGCUGCGUCGCCGUGGCGAUGCCUCCCCCGCAGGACGUGGUGAAGGUCGCCAUCCAGUACCUCGACCAGUUCCCGCUCUUCAUCGAGAUCGACCAGAAGAAGCCGCUGAGCGCCAUCGUGCAGGAGGUGUGCGAAACAUGGAAGCUGCCGGACCCGGCGCAGUUCACGCUGCAGUACGGAGACGGCACGGAGUUCUACAUAACAGAGAAGAAUCGCAACGACGUCAAGAAUGGAGCGAUUCUCAAGCUCGCCGUGUCACAGGAGCGCAUGGCGCGGGAGCUGCACGAGAAGCUGCUCUCCACCAGCAUGGAGGCGAAGCUGGAGGCCGUGAAGAGCCUCGCCAAGCUGGCCGCCGACCCCUCCUUCGCCCGCGAGUUCAUCGCCCGCGACGGCAUCGCCGCUCUCACGCAGAUGGUGGAUGUCGAACGCUAUGUGAAACUGCAGAAGAUGAUGAAGGCGUGUCUCGGGGAACUCCUGGCCUUCACGCUAACCGCCUUCCUGGAGCUUAUGGACCACGGAAUCAUCUCGUGGGAUAACCUGACGGUCAGCUUCGUCAAAAAGAUCGCGAGCUACGUGCGUGCCCCCAACCUGGACGCGACGCUGCUGCAGCGCUCUCUCGCGAUCCUCGAGUGCAUGGUGCUCAACAGCCUCAACCUCUACUCCGUGGUGUCGCAGGAGAUCACCGUCGGGCAGCUCAUCAACCACUUGCAAGUGUCCAACCAAGAGAUCCAGACGAACGCGGUGGCGCUGCUCAACGCGCUGCUGCUCAAGGCUCCCGAGGAGACCAAGCAGCUGGACUGGAUGCUAGAGAUGAGUGAGGAGGACCCCGGUAGGGUUCUCACCGCCCCCCUGACCGAGCUGGCCAACAGCCCCUGCCAGAAGCAACUUCGCACGGUCAUCCUCAACUCGGUGAUCCGGGGCCAGCAUAUUGUGGGCACGGAGAUGGCGCACCAGCUCUACGUGCUGCAGGUGCUGUCGCUCAAUCUCCUGGAGGAGCGGAUGAUGACUAAGAUGGACCCACAGGACCAGGCCCAGAGGGACACGCUGUUCGAGUUGUGCCGCAUCGCGUUCGACGCGGAGGCGGAGGCGGCGAGCGCCCCCGGGGGAACGCUCGACCGGCGCAAGGGAGUUUACUCCAAGGACUACAAGAAGCUGGGCUUCACGAACCACGUGAACCCGGCGCUGGACUUCAUGCAGACCCCGCCGGGCAUGCUGGCGCUGGACAACAUGAUCUACUUUGCCAAGCACCAUACGGACCCCUACGUGCGGCUCGUGCUGGAGAACAGUUGCCGUGACGACAAGCACGAGUGCCCGUUUGGACGCAGCAGCAUCGAGCUGACGGGGAUGCUGUGUGAGACGCUGCACGUGGGAGAGCCGCCCACGGAGACCGGCCAGGACUUCUGUCCCAUGUUCUUCACGCACGAUCGCGCCAUGGAGGAGAUGUUCUGCGUCUGCAUCCAGUUGCUCAACAAGACUUGGAAGGAGAUGAGGGCGACGUCGGAGGACUUUGGGAAGGUGAUGCAGGUGGUGCGUGAGCAGAUCGUGCGAGCGCUCGUCGCGAGGCCCAAGUCUCUCGACCAGUUCCGCAACAAGCUGCAGUCGCUGAGCUACACGGAGAUCCUGAAGAUCCGCCAGACGGAGAGGAUGAGCCAGGAGGAGGGCGACUCCCACACCGCGCCCAUCGUGGAGCUCAGGGAGAAGCUGCAGCCGGAGAUCUUGGACCUGAUCAGGAAGCAGCGACUCAACCGGCUGUGUGAGGGGACGCUGUUCCGCAAGAUCAGCAGCCGGCGCCGCCAAGACAAGUACUGGUACUGCCGGCUCUCGCAGAACCACAAGGUGCUUCACUACGGCGACGUGGAGGAGGGGACGGGGGUUCCGUCUAUCGAAGCCCUGCAGGAGAAACUGGCCAUCGUCGACGUGAAGGCGGUGGUGACAGGGAAGGACUGCCCCCACCUCAAGGAUAAGAGCACCCAGAGGCAGAACAAGGAGAUGCAGGACCUGGCGUUCUCCAUCCUCCACGACCCCGACGAGGCCCUCAACUUCAUCGCCCCCAACAAGUACGAGUACUGCGUGUGGACGGACGGGCUGAGCGCCCUGCUGGGAAAGGAGAUGGGCAGCGAGUACACGCGCACCGACCUGGAGAUGCUGCUCAGCAUGGAGAUCAAGCUGCAGCUGCUGGACCUGGAGAGCAUCCCCAUCCCUGAGACGGCGCCGCCACUCCCCAAAGAGCCGAGCAACUUCGACUUUGCCUACGACUACAGCUAGCCCCCCCUCGCCCCCCACGGCCACCCUCCUCGCCCCUUCUCCUUGCCCCCCCUCUCCUUGCCCCCCUUCGCUCUCCCCCUCGCCCCCCCUCGCCUCCCUCUCCCACUCCCCGCGGCGUCCGCGACGUGAUGGGCCCCGCCGACAACUGCCGUCGCCGGCCUUGCCGCUGGGGCGCAACCCUGCGCCUGACCCGUGAACCUUGACCCCGGGUCUCCCUCCUUUCUCCGCCUCCUCUCCCCAUUUUCCCCAGUUUCUCUGCCUGGUCUCCCUCCUCCUCCCCCCACCCCGCCGUGAUCUCCCUUCGUCUGCUCCCCGAUUUGCGCCCCCCGUUUCUCCGCCGCCGCGUUCUGCCGCCGGGACGGCGAGCGUUCGGCACGGCUAGCGCCAGACUCCGGUCAAACCCGCGCAAUGAUCCGUGUUCGGUUCGGCACCGAGCGAUCGUCGGCCGGCGUAGUCAGAGUGCGGCGUUUCCUUGUGAGCGCGGAGCUCGACGGAUGCCCCCGCCCAUCGACAAAGCUCGGCUCCCACGGUGUCGUCAAACGCACGCCGUCGACGAAGUCCCUAAUGUCACGUUGACAAAAUGUGAACAUGUUGUACUUUCUGUCAUUAACUCUGUCGUCUCCUAACCCUGUGAGGCCCGCGACGGGCCGUGGCACGGCACGGGACCGCAAGGCAGCUGCGUUUGUGGUUGUGCCUGUGGGGGAGAGGCCGAGCGGUUGGUGCCGGCGCCGUAACUUUCUAGGGCACGGUGCCGUGGCACGGUGCCGUGGCUCGGUGUGACCCACGGCUAAAAUUCCACGUAAACCGGCGUUUGUGUCGCGGCUGGAAUCGGAGCCAUGGAUUGGUGUGGCCUCGUCUCGCGAUCCGUGCCCUGGUGAUCCCCAGGGCCGGGGCGACCGGUGAGUUUAUUAAAUUCCCGUCAUAGUUUUCAGAGCUCGGAGACUUGAGACGUUCCGUGCAUUGGUUGCGUGCCAGCUUUUCUCCGCAUCGCUGCCGAUGUCCCCUGCGAAGUCAGUAUUAUACCAGAGCAGUAUUGUGUGUGUGUGUGCUUGUGUGUGCGUGUGUGUGCGUGCGUGCGCUUGAUGAUCGUUCGCUGCGUUUGUGCCACCGUAGCGAGAUCGCCCGUCAGGUUGGUGUACGAGUUGUGGUUAACCAGCACAGUCUUCGUCCAAUAAAGAUGUUCGAUAUUUAA